AUGCCUACGACGCUUACAACUGCACUCAAGCGCCUCGAUCUCACUGACAGGUUUCAUGUCCUCAUCGAAUGUCCCCAGUGUCGACGUCUCUUCAAACCGGAGCUCGUGAACCGCCACAUCAAAUGCCCUGAAUGCGAUAUCCCCCUCUUCAGCCAGGGGCCCCGCAACGUCUUAUUGCGUCUCCUUGGACGUCCCCCCCCAACACCUAUACCCAAGGCUGUGACGCCAUUUCGUCUCCUCUCUGCCGCUCUCGUGUACUUGUUGCGUCACCCGGGCAUCGAGAGGGAACUGGAUGCGUGGCGCUACAGGCCUCCGCCGCCUCCUGGCGUGUUCCGCUCCAUCCAGGAUGGUCGUCGGUGGAAAUGUCUCCAGGGGGCCGAUGACCAGCCGUUCUUCGGGCCCCAAGGAGCAGACGAGCUUCGCAUAGGAGUGAUUCUCCAUGUAGAUUGGUUUUCAGCCUCUUCGAGCGCUUUCAGUGCAUCGUAUUCAUCGGGUGCCAUAUCAUUCUCUAUUCCUAACCUACCGCCUGUACUACGCUAUCGUGUCGAGAACUUGAUCCUCAGUGCUAUGACUGAUGGACCCAAGGAGCCUGAUGCUGAGGAGUUACAGCAUUGGCUCGCGCUCAUUGUGGAUGACCUUCUUGUCCUCUUCUACCUAGGAAUAUUUGCCCCCACUGAGUCGCGCAGAGAGGGCCGACGGAUGCGGGUCGCUGUGGUCUGCACAUGUGCCGAUCAUCCCACGAUGUGCAAGGCAGCUGGCUUUGCAGACAAAAGCCAUAACAACGCGCCAUGCACUCAGGGAGACGUCGACUCUGACAACUUGUAUUCGGACGAGUGUCUCCAGGGAGGAUGUCCGCCGAGAAGCGCCGAGGUUCACGUGGCUCGUGCGCGAGCAUGGCAGUCGCUCGAAGACAAGAAAGAUCGUGACGACUAUUUCAAGCAGUAUGGGUCGCGGUGGUCGGAGCUCAUGCGGCUUCCCUACUACGACUGUGUGGCUAUGACAGUUGUAGAUCCGAUGCACAAUCUCUUGUUGGGUGUGGUGAAACAUCAAUGGUAUUCGCGCUGGAUUAAGGGGGGCACUUUGCGGGCUGACACGAAGGGGGGCACGAAGCGAGAAUUGUCAGUUUUGCACAGAUUCCUC